AAACGCGUAUGCGUGAAUAUUUCUAAGAAGACGAUUCAUACAGUAAAUGUGCGGUUUGUUUUUAAAUGUGUAAACAAAGCAGGUCCUCUUCCCUGCCCAACCUGGGCUCAUAAACAACCGGCGAUGCGACAGCGCCACCCUAGUUUCUCUGUGGCCGUUUGUAGAACUGCAGUCUGUCCGUGCCAAUAGACCAUCGGAGCCGCCCACAACUCGCCUCCGUCAGGUCUUUCCCCACCAGGACAAACAGCAGCAGCUUGGAGCAGACUUAGGACUAUUCCAUGUGAUUUUCCUCCAUCUUUUUGACACAAUUGAGGCGCAGUGAUGGCUGAGCAUCUGUCCCAAAGCGAACUGGACUACCCUUUCAAGCUACUCGAGUACUUGAACGGCUUCAGGGUGUCAAAGGUGAUCUUCGCCGCCUGCGAGCUGGGUGUCUUCGAUCUCCUGGUGACGUCACAACGGCCCCUCAGCGCUCAACAUGUCGCCCAGGCUCUGGACGCCAGCGCGGACGGCAUGGAGAGGCUGCUGGACGCCCUGGUGGGCAUUGAGAUCUUGGAGGUGGAGACGGUGGACGGGACAGCUCUUUACAGCAGCACCGACGUGGCCAACAUGUACUUGGCCAGAGGGGGGGGCAAGUCGCUCCACGAUAUGGUCAUCUACCAGUCGCAGACCAUCUACCCACUGUGGAACAACAUGACCGAUGCCGUCAGAGAGGGCAAGAAUCAAAACCAGAAGACCUUCGGAAUCCCGCCUGAGGAGGUGUUUGAGGCCGUCUACAGAUCGGAGGAGGAGACUUUAAAGUUCAUGGGUUUGAUGAACUCCUCCUGGAUUCUGGACGGGCAGGACGUUGUGACGGCGUUCAACCUCUCUUGCUUCCAGAAGAUAAUGGACCUCGGAGGAUGCACUGGUGCCCUUGCCCGCGAGCUGGCGAGGGCAUAUCCCUCCUCCUCCGUCACCGUCCUUGACCUCCAGGAGGUUGUGAAAAUGACCAGAAAACAUUUCCUCCAGGAGAACGACACCUUUACCUUUGAGAUCGGAGAUUUCUUCCUCUGUGAACUUCCUCCAGCUGACUUGUACAUCCUGGCCCGGAUCAUUCACGACUGGUCCGAGGAGAAGUGUCUGACACUGCUGAAGAAGCUCUACCGUGCCUGCAAACCAGGCGGCGGCGUCCUGCUUGUGGAGGCCACGCUGAUGGAGAAUCGGCGCGGCCCCAUCAUGACGCAGCUCUUCUCCCUCAACAUGCUGGUGCAGAUGGAGGGUCGGGAGCGCCCCCCCUCCCAAUACACCAUGCUACUCAACCGGAGCGGCUUCACUAAUGUGCAGGUGUGCCGCACGGGCAAGUCCUACGACGCCAUCCUGGCCGUCAAAUGAAAGAAGAAAAUAUCCUGCUGGAUUUACUCGUUCAUUAAACUAUUGGUUGCACUCU